AGGUGGUUUACUCCCGAACGACCUGAAAUCCAUCCGGAGUUUUCGCAACACGAAUCUUCAUGUCAUUGGGCUUUGCCAAGGCUUCUUAACCGUCUGAUUACGUUCAAAAUUCCUGGGAAACGUGAGAGCUUAGCCCUUUCUUUUCCUUUUUCCUGUUGGACCAUGAUUAUCGCUCUCGCCCGCUCGCUGCUCAUGGAGCCCCCUGAGACAACGGGAGAGCCAGUGGGUUCACCCGUCUUCUGGUGGAAAAUCGCUAUCAGUGCUAUCCUUGUGCUUGCAGGAGGUGUAUUUGCAGGAUUAACUCUUGGGCUGAUGGGACUAGAUGAAUUGCACCUGCGUGUCCUGGCUACGUCGUCAGAGGAUUUGAAGGAGAAGCGCAAUGCUCAGAAAGUAUUAAAACUGAUGCAGAAGGGUCGCCAUUGGGUAUUAGUGGUGCUCCUUCUCGGCAACGUCGUCGUCAACGAAAGUUUACCUAUCUUUCUCGAUGAUGCCCUUGGUGGCGGCAUUGCUGCCAUUCUAAUCUCCACCACAGCGAUAGUUAUUUUUGGAAUUAUACCGCAGGCUGCCAGUGUCAGGUAUGGCCUUGCAAUUGGUGCACGGUGUGCGCCUUUCGUGCUCUGCCUUAUGUAUUUGUUUGCUCCUGUCGCAUACCCUACCGCAAAGCUCCUUGACUACGUUCUGGGCCAGAAUGAGGGUCAUACUUACAAGAAGGCCGAGCUUAAAUCUUUUCUUCAGUUCCAUCGCACGGGAGAAGAACCGCUACGGGAUGACGAGAUUAGCAUAUUGAAUGGUGUGCUGGAGCUAAAUACGAAGAAUGUGGAGACAAUCAUGACACCCAUUGUUGAUGUUGUAACGCUGAGCUCAGACACCAUUCUUGAUCACGCAACCGUAGACGCGAUUCUCACAAGCGGCUACUCACGCUUCCCUAUCCAUGAACCCGGGAAUCCAUUGUCAUUCCGGGGUCUUCUACUCAUCAAGAAGCUGUUGGUAUACGACCCGGCGCGAGCUCUCCCAGUCUCGGAUUUCAAGCUCUCCAUUCUUCCAGAAGCACAUCCUAGUAUAAACUGUUUCCAGGCGCUAGAUUACUUUCAAACAGGACGUGCCCACCUACUACUUGUCAGUCGGACACCUGGUAUUUCAGGCGGUGGGAUUGGAGUGAUUACGCUCGAAGACAUCAUUGAGGAGAUCAUAUCAGAAGAAAUUGUGGACGAAACAGAUCGAUACGAGGAUAACCAGAGUAAAAGACGUGCGAAGCGAAUGACUACGUCUGCUGUAAUGCGAGGGAUUGUGGAGCGAGAACGAAGUCUAACGCGAGUGCCGUCCUUCGAGCGGACACCCCUGUUGCGUGAAACACCUCUCAUGUCAUCAUCUCCGCGCUCCGAGAUCAGUUAUACAACUCGUUACGGUGCGGUGCUCAGCCAGUCCCCGAAAACAUGAAAAUUUUGGCCAUUUUUACAGAGCUUAGCCAGAUCUCGUUGCAGUCAUUGGACGAAUUUGUUUGUUUUUUACUUGUCGUUUUGCUCCGCAAUGCUCCGUAAUAUAAUCUAUCUAGAUCUUGGAUCUGAUGGAUUUGCUAUCAGUCACUUGCUUUCUAACAUGGGCAUGCACAUCCGCUGGACGGCAAAUGUGUCUAUUUCCUGAUGGCGUGCCCUCUGCUUUUGUAGAACAUCGCCCGUAUUUGUACUGUGUUGAGAACCAGAAAAUGAACUAUUCCCUC